UUGUUGCUGGAGUCCGACUAGUCAAGCAGGGGAGGAGCAGAGGACGUGAAGGAAGGCUCCGUGAAGAUCACCUGCUUCCCCGGUCAAGCAGGAACCGACCAACCAGUCCAAGUUAUUAGUGUCUUUUCUACCCCACUUCUCUAAACAGUCCGGAGCCUUAAAGGGGCUGUCCUAACCUCACUACUAAGCCAGUCAUGAGCCAAAUCCAGCGUUGGAAUGGAAGCUGCGUUAGCAACUGCAGCCGGGCAGACAUGGUACCGGAGAUCGCUGCCGCCGUGGGCUUCGUGUCCAGUCUCCUCCGCACCCGCGGGUGCGUUAGCGAGCAGCAGCUUCAAGUUUUCAGCGGGGCCCUCGAAGAGGCGCUCACAGAGCAUUAUAAACAUCAUUGGUUCCCCGAGAAACCCUUCAAAGGUUCUGGCUACCGCUGUAUCCGUAUCAACCAUAAAAUGGACCCUAUCAUCAGCAAGGCAGCUAGCCAGAUUGGACUCAGCCUCCAGCAGCUAUAUCAGCUCCUGCCCAGUGAACUCACACUCUGGGUGGACCCUUAUGAGGUCUCCUACCGGAUUGGUGAGGAUGGAUCCAUCUGUGUUCUAUAUGAAGCAUCCGCAGCACCUGUGAGCUCCUAUGGGAUGCUCACCUGCAAAAAUCAGAUGAUGUUGGGGCGCACCAGCCCUUCCAAAAGCUACAUGAUGACAGUCUCCAGUUAAGCACUCCCUGUUGUCCUUACACUGCCAAGACAUGGGCUACUGUAUACCUUACCUGAGGAUGUAUUUUUUAAAAAAUGAAGAGCUAUUUAUAUUUUUUUAAAAAAGAGAAAAUCCAAAAUGAAAUUCAAUAGCAGGCACCACUCUUCCAUGGAGUGGUGUUGAGGUGCCUUUUUAAAGCUGUUGCAAGCUUGUGAGCUUAUUAAAAAAAAAUGCCAAUAUCUACCUAAUUGGUGUUGGAUGACAAUUCUGGAGGGUUGACCUACCUACCUGGGAAAUGCAGGGUUGGAAACAAAAGUACAGGGGGUGGGGCAGGGCACAGCACUUUUCAGCAGUGACUAACUAUGGGGUAAGUGCUACAACAACUGUGAAUCUACCGGCCAGCAUGGUAGUACUUAAGUCAUGAACCAUACAUGUUGAGAUUGGGGUGUCAUGACCUCAUUCUAACUGUGACAGUUUUCUUUUCUCAAAAAUUGUCCAUUCUUAUUACACUGAUAUAUAAGUUGUUUCACUGCCAGCUUCACGUACAAUCCCAAACUGAAUAAUUCUACUUUUUCACGGCUUAAAAACCAUUUUGGUAAAGCACCUAGUCACAGUUACAGACACUUUCUUUGGUCCAUUUGGUGGUGGGUUUCGUAAGUGCCUGCCCAUCAUUUUGCACAAAAAUUUGAUUUUUCUGUACCUCGUUCUGUACUUCAUGCUCAUGCAAAAUUCUAGUUGGCACCCAUAUACAUGGUUUCUAAAAUUGUAAGGCGCUUUGCUUGGGAAAGAGAUUCAGGAGCUGGGCUACAUAAGUGGCUGGUUACUCUAGCAGUCAAUUCCCAUAAACAAAGUGCAAUGACCAGGCCAAUGUGAACUAAUCUACCUAUUGGAAGGAGGCCUUCACCAGGGUUUUAUCUGUUCUGCUGCCUUUAUAUUGACCUUGUAAAAUUCCUGACAAUGCUGCCAAUAACUGCUGAGAGGUGAUUACAAAACCAGGGCACUUAACUGUUUGUAUUUUUAAAGACCAACAAUCUUCAGAGCACUUGGUGUGCUUGAUUUUUCUGUUGGUUUUGAAGAGGCAACUGCUUUGCAUCCCCAGAGUUGCUCCUCCUCUGCCUUUUGUGAAUUGAGUUCUCAGACACUGUGCAAUAUGUUUUUUCUAAAAUUUGGGCACUCUGGAGGAGGAGAGAUUUCUGUGGAUCAGUUUCCUGUUCUCAAAGCAACUGUAGCUUUUCAGAGCUCUGCUGACAUGACUCCUAAGAUCUUUUGUGCUCAAGAAUAUGAAUGUUUGAACAGAGAAAUCUCAGCACCGCAGUGGCAAACCACUGAAGGGGUAUGAUGGCCUUCUGUAUAGAAUACUUUUUUAAGAUCAUCUUCUUUUUUUAAAUGGAUAAUCUACCAGGAAGUUCUCCUGAGCAAAUCCUGUUGAAAUGAACAGAAGCUUAACAAGAGUGUUAACUAUACUCUUGCACAGUUCCUACUUACUUCAAUAGGGCUGGUAUGGGGAAGACUUCAUUGCAUCCCAAAUGCUCUAACUUGCAAAAUUUGCAAGUGCAUCAGCCUGUCUCUGAAAAAAAAAUAAUUUCUUCAAGCUCAAUAUGUGAAGCUUCUUGUGUCUGAGAAUCGGAGCCUCUGGUCAACAGAUACAAAGGUUGUAAAGCACUAAGGGUCUCCUGUAAGCUUAAAAGAAGUGUCGCCACUCCGUUAGCAUAAUUGUGCAAUAUUUGGUGGCACAAUGAGGGGAACACUUUCCUGCACUGCAGCUUCUCCCUCCAAGGAAAGUUAAUGUUCAAAGUCUACCUGGGAGGCUUGUUCCUUAUCUGGUGCAUUGAAAACAUGAUACGAGUGGGAGCUGUAACAUGUCCAGAAAAAAAGUUUGUUUUGUUACACUCCCUGCCUCUACUUGGAAUUUCCCUAAUGUCAGUACUUGUUUGGCUUGCCAGGUUGGCAUGAUCAAUGCAACUCUGUUUAAAGAUAUCUUGGUAGUUCAUGUUAUUCCUUCUUUAUCAACGAAGGGUGCGCCUAAAAACCAAAUUCUUAUUCCACCUCUUGACUGAUGGGGAAACAGAAAAGGUUACCAAAUAUCAUGCUAUUGUACCUGGCAUGGAAUCUAGUAUUAAGGGUUUUUUUGUUAGCAUUUAAGCCAACCCAAUGUGGCCAGAAUCUGUUUUGUAACUUGUGCAUGUAAAAACUGUGAAUUGAUGUAUGCUCUUUGUUGCCUUCUGAAUACAAGCCUGACACAACUGUUGGCAGUGCUAAAGAGCUGUGAUUUAGGAACAGCUAAUGGGUGUGUGCGCGCGUGUCUUUUUCUCCCCUUUUUUCCAAAAAUGUUUGCAAAACUUGAGCUGGACUGUUGAGCGGGACCCACUUUUCAUAAUUGGUGAAAAUAAUACAAGGUUUGUAAGCUAUUUUGUGUUUGGGGGGAGGGAUGAUUAUUGUACAAUAGUGUUUUUAUAUGCAAAAUGUACAGAUAUAUUGAAAAUGUACACUUUUGUUACUUUAAUAAAAAUGUAGCAAUUUAAAUAUGUUGCUGGAAAGAA